AUGUCGCGACAGAAUAGUACAUUGUUCGACCUGUUACUUGAAGGCGACUUUGAAUCAGUUGUUAGGACAUUGUUUGAACAACAACAACAACAACAUCACCAACAUCAACAACAGAGUGAUCACAGCAGCAAUAACAACAACAACAAUAAUAACAAUGAUAAUCAAGAUGAUCUGCCACAAGAUAGAGAACUAUGUCUAUCACUACUAUUACAGAUAUCUAUAACAGAUGAACAGUUGCGUACUAUGCUACAUGAGAACACACCUAGUAUGACACCUCACAUGGCCAGCUCACUUGCACGUCUAACCGCCUACCAAUGUCUGGACCUCAAGCCACUCUUCAUCUUUGCCGAAGAUGAACUACAACAAUGGAAGAAGUUAGGUCAUACUGACCAGAUGGUAUCAUUCAUACAGUCAACGCGCAAUGUACAGCAUGCAUUCGAGAAUGGUGACUGCGCGAUGAAGUUGAAGCUGGUGCUCAGUGACUUGAUUGCUUUGUUACACCAUGCCGAGCAUCAACAUGAGUUACACAUCAUCAAGAAGACUACACAGAUGGGCAGUGUUGACCUGGACACAUUUGCAUCGGGUCAAAGAUCAUACGAGUCCAUCGUACUCGAUCUGCCCAUCUACCUCACCGAGCUCAGUUACAUCCUGCCACUUAUAGCUCAUCUCUUUGGACAUCUGUUGGACUUCAAUGUCAUACUUGGAUCGAUGCUGUUCCUCAAGCAAGCAGCGCACUUGGUUUACAUCAUGGCAUUGAACAACCCGGUGGACUUUAAGGAUAUUGUGGACUCGGUUGUGUUGGCAUCGAUAGACUUGGUGGGCAUGGAUAGGAUACGAAUGGUGCUCUGCAAGUUGUGUCGACUGUCACCAUUCGCUGCAACAUACAUUAGACAAAAGUUGGUCGAGCGCACACUACUACCGGACCUGGUACUCCACAUCACCUCGAGAUACAUCCAUGAUGAAGUUGACUUUAUCUGCAACAUUAUCACCAAUCGACAGGAAUACCUCUGGAUCAAAGAUCACCUUGCACAAAAGGAGACGCCAGCCUUCAACGAGAUCAGGGAGACAUUGUUAUCCAUGUUGGAUAGCUCGACCAAGUCAUCAUCAGUGGAGGGCGCAGUUGAUAUCGAUGUCAACUCAAUCAUAAGGGUGUAUUGUGGCAUGGGAGGAGUGUUGGGCAUCAAGCUCAACCCAAACGAGGUGACACUUUCCAUUGGAUUACUCGAGAAGAACAUGUCCUCCACUGGCAAAGACAACAGAUCAUUUCCAAAACUAUUCCUUUGCUUCCUCCUCGCGGUUGAAGGUCUACUUCGCAUUGUGCCACCAAGACGCGUAACAGAAUGCUUUGAUAACUUGUUGAAGGUGACAUCAUGCAAUGAUUUGAUGUUGUUGAUCGCGAUAUACUUCCACACGAGACAACUACAGAACAUUGUGGCGACGGUCAAGACUAUCCUGGGCUUCCGCCCAUCGAUCCAUACAGAGAGUUUGAAUCAAAUUGGUGAAUUGCUCACCAAGGAUAUAUUCCCCGAGGCAUUGGUCGCCAUGAAGUCAUCACUGUUGCCCUACGUUGACAACCUAUCAAACAAUCGCGAUCAGCAAAACACGUCGAUCAUGUGCAUCUACCAUCUACUCAGCGAGCGAAUCUUUGAAAAGUACGAGACUGACGUUGGUGCAUGGAUCUGGGCUCAGACCCUCAAGGCAUCCACACCCGUCCACUACCUUCUCCCGUCCUGUCUCGACAAGCUUGUCAAAAACAUCAUUGAACCAACGAUCACAACAAACAAUCCAUUGUUCUACAUGAAGAGGAUUGCUGAAUGGACGAUAUCAAGUGUGUUUGCUACAAGUGCCAAGACCUCACAAGUUGUCCAAGUACUUGUUGUAUACUAUGCUCUACGCUACAACGACAGUGUAAUGAAGCUAAAAGAGACAUUGAAGGGCAAGACACCCAGUCUACUAGUCGAGUCAACACAGUUGAAAGAGUAUUCAAUCGAAUUCCUCUCGAAGCUACCCAUUCAGAAGUGCAUCAACAUCAUUCAAUCCAAUCAAGCGGACUACUUCUUCAUCAUUCCACCAUUCCUCUACCUCAUCUCCUCUCAAUUCCCUCAGUUCUUCAAUGUUAGUCUACUCCUUGGCGAAGAGGAGAAGUUAUCAAACUCAAUCGAUCAGUUCCAAUUCAUUCCUCAAUUCAAUCGUAGGGCCGUGUUGCCUAAUGGUAAGAGCGACUUUAAGGAGCUUGUAAAUAUUUGUCAAAGGGCGGCGGAGCAACCGACCACCACUCAUCUGUUGCUCAACUACCUUGGAACGCUGGCCGAUGGCGAGCUCAUUGUAUAUAUAUUCCCACUCAUUCAACACUUGCUGCCCAUACUGAUUGAACAACGUGCCAAUCCGCCCGUCGAGGGACUCAUCGCACCGUUCGCCGAGCUUUGGAGCCGGGUGUUCCCCUUGGAGCAAUCGGACAUUGCACUUAAGACGAUCAAUGUUCUCACGACCACUAGUGCAUCACCGAGUAUACUGGUCGUCCAGUCGCAGUACAAUCACACCGACAUCAUCUCUGACCCACUUCUAGUGUUCCGCGCGCAUCCCACCGUCUUCAACUGCCCUCCACUCUUCAACAUCCUUCUGCACAUCCUAUACUUCUACAUGAUGUCCUCCAAGAAGUACCUCCAGAACCAGAUCCAGAUCGCGCCAGUGGGAAGUGGCAAACAGGAAGAGAUAACUACAUUGAUAUUGACUCAAGAGAGCUCAAUCAUUCAGAUACUUCUGGAACUUUGUGUUGUCAAUAGGAUAGGCGCCAAGGAUGUACUGAACUCACAUGUUGACAAUGAAGUGGACUCUUUGGACGCGAAUGAUUCGAACACCAGCAACAGCAACAAGCUCAAGCGAACUCAAACACAUGCAUAUACAUCAGCGGACAUUGAAGAGAUACGUUGCAACAUUUGUAACUUCAUUCAUCAACUGUUCAUCGAGAAGCCAUUGCUUGUUAAACUCAUUCACUUCCAAGGCUACAUGGCACAGCUGCUACCAAUCACCGUGACUCACAUACCUUCGAUGCACAUCUGCUUUGACUUCUUGCCCGAGUUGCUCAACCUGCCCAGCGUGGACAAGCAGGUGUUCUCCAUCCAGCUCGUGGCAUUCCUGGCCGAGAAGUAUCCAAUACCAAAGUCACUGCGCAUCUGUCGCCAGGCACUGGGACGCAUUGGAUUCAAUCUGCAACAGGCCAACAAUGUUAAUGUCAAUGUCAAUGUCAAUGCCCAACCACCGCCACCAUCACAGGCCAUGAUGAUGGAGGACUUUGACAAGGUGUCAUUCAUCAGACAGACACUGCCCUCGAUGACCAGGAUUGCCAAGACCUAUCCAGUGCUAGCUGAAGAGUGUCUACAGAUAUUGAUCGAUCAGUUGCCAGACAAACAGAUCUAUGCCAGUCAACAUCAACAUCAACAACAACAUGAUCCACAGCAACAACAACAACAGCAACAACUUGAUAUAACAUCAAUAGCUCAGACAUCAUCAAUGACACGUUGGCUCAGUGUGAUGGACAAGAGCGACAUUCAAACAGAGCUUCAUCAAGCCAUCCAGAUCAUCAUCAAGAAUCUUACAAAGACUUAG